AUGGCCGGCGUCACCGUGCUCGGCGAGCUUCCGUCCGCCUCGCUCUUCACCUUCCCGCCCAAUGGCGCUCACAUGGCCAUUCCCCCGCCUCUGCCCGGCUCCAUCGCCGCCGCGCCCCCGGUCGAGAUUCCCGACCACAUCUUCACCGCCGCCCUCGACCCCAUGGUGCCCAUCACCAUUGCCACCCUCUACGCCGUCACUGUCAAGCUGUUGAACAAGUACAACAAGUCGACCAAGAACAAGCCGUGGGGCAUCAGCAAGACAAGGCCCUUCUUCGCCUUCGUUGUUCUGCACAAUGUCUUCCUCGCCGUCUACUCGGCCUGGACCUUUUGGGGCAUGCUGGGUGGCAUGCGGAGGAGCGUCGUGAGCCCCUUCGGCCCCAACGGCCUGGCCGCCACCGCCGACAGCUUCUGCCAGCUCAACGGAAACGGCGGCUUCGGUGCUGCCACUGUCUACAACGAGACCGUCGGCUACUGGUCGAGCCUGACCGGCAACAACGCCCUCGGCUUCGACGGCCGCCCGAGCCGCACCGUCACUGGCAGGAUCUGGAACGAGGGUCUCGCCUUCUACGGCUGGAUCUUCUACCUGAGCAAGUUCUACGAGGUCCUCGACACCUUCAUCAUCCUCGCCAAGGGCAAGCUCAGCUCCACCCUGCAGACCUACCACCACGCCGGCGCCAUGAUGUGCAUGUGGGCCGGCAUGCGCUACAUGUCCGCCCCCAUCUGGAUGUUCGUCCUGGUUAACUCCUUCAUCCACGCCAUGAUGUACACAUACUACACCAUCACCGCUUUCAACAUCCGCGUUCCCAUGGCCAUCAAGCGGACCCUCACCACCCUCCAGAUCACCCAGUUCCUCGUCGGAGCCACCUAUGCCAUGGCCCACUCUUUCGUCUCGUACACGGUCCCCGUGACCGUCUACACCCUCAACAAGGGCGGCGCCGAUGCCAUCACCAAGACUGCCACCGGCACCGCCGCCGAGGCAGCCGCCACGGCCACCGCCGGUGCCUUUGAGACCCUCAAGAACAUGGUCUUUGGCGCUUCCUCUCAGGUCGCCGAGGAGGCCGCUGCCGCUACCGCCUCCGUCGCCGCCGCGGUGCCCCAGGACGGCUUCGUCUCCGAGACCAUCUUCGUCACGCAGCCCUGCGUCACGACCAGCGGAGAGACCUUUGCUAUCUGGCUCAACGUCCUCUACCUUGCGCCCCUGACCUACCUGUUCGUCAUGUUCUUCAUCCGCAGCUACAUCCGCCGCAGCAGUGCCGAGUCCUCCAAGGGCAAGGGCAAGGCUCGCCGUGAGAGCAACGUCACCUUGGCCGAGAAGGCCGGCUGGGAUGCCGCUCGCGAGGUCAACCGCGAGAUCUACAACGGGUCCGCCUCGUACAAUGUCGAAGGCAGCCCCAAGCGCGCCGCCAACGGCAAGGCCAAGCACUGA